GCAAUCACGCCUCAAGUCUUACACAGCCUUCUCCUGCACGUUUUACAAACAGCCUGGUCCCACCGUCAUGUCUCUCGGUAAAGCUGUCCGGAGUUUGGUGAAACCUGUCCGGGGGGUUUUUAGACCCUCGGCCGCGGCGUCGAAGCGGACUUACGCUGCUGUCGCUGAAGCCAGAGCGGUGCUGGAGAACGAGCUCAACACUAUCCGAGCCGCGGGGACGUGGAAGGCGGAGAGAAUCAUCACGUCCAAGCAGGGUCCUCAAAUAAACGUGGACGGCAGUCGUGGCACCAUAUUGAAUUUCUGUGCUAACAACUACCUUGGACUGUCCAGUCAUCCAGAGGUAGUGCAGGCAGGGAUUGAUGCUCUUAAGUCCUAUGGUGCUGGUUUGAGCUCUGUCAGAUUCAUCUGUGGGACACAGGAUCUCCACAAAAAUCUGGAGCAGAAGCUUGCAGAGUUUCACGAGAGGGAGGACUGUAUCCUCUAUGCUAGCUGUUUUGAUGCCAAUGCUGGGCUGUUUGAGGUUCUGUUGGGCCCAGAUGACGCAGUGCUGUCUGAUGAGCUAAACCAUGCCUCCAUCAUCGAUGGGAUCCGUCUUUGUCGAGCAAAGAGGCUGCGCUACAAACACAUGAACCUCAGUGAUCUGGAGACUAAGCUCAAAGAGUCACAGUCGUCUCGUAUGCGCUUGAUAGUGACAGAUGGAGUCUUCUCCAUGGAUGGAGACGUAGCUCCCUUACAAGGAAUCUGUGACCUGGCUGAACAGUAUGGAGCCAUGGUGUUCAUAGAUGAAUGCCACGCCACUGGCUUUCUGGGUGCCCGGGGCAGAGGAACAGAUGAACUCCUGGGAGUGAUGGACAGAGUUCACAUUGUAAACUCCACCCUAGGGAAAGCACUGGGAGGAGCAGCCGGUGGUUACACAGUUGGCCCCAAGCCUCUCAUUGACCUUCUGAGGCAGCGUUCACGGCCGUAUCUGUUCUCUAACUCCCUCCCUCCUCCUGUGGUGGGCUGUGCCACUCGGGCUGUGGAGCUGCUGCUCGCGUCCAAUGAGAUUGCACAGAGCAUGACAGCCAAAACAAUGAGAUUCAGGAACAAGAUGACACAGGCCGGUUUCACCAUUGCAGGCUCAGCUCACCCUAUCUGUCCUGUGAUGCUCGGCGACGCACGGCUAGCCUCUCUGAUGGCAGAUGACAUGCUGAAGCUAGGAGUGUACGUGAUUGGAUUCUCUUACCCAGUCGUACCAAAGGGCAAAGCCAGAAUCCGCGUUCAGAUUUCAGCAGCGCACACAGACGAGGACAUCGACCACUGUGUUGACGCUUUCAUCCAGACGGGCAGAAAGCAUGGAGUCGUCUCCUGAGCAGGACAAAUGAACGAGAAUCAACAGGAUCACUAAAGAACCUUGAACCGCUUGCCCUUGCAUAUCAUGCUGCCUGUUACUCAAGACCUAUGAAUGAUUUUGGUGGAUAUAUUAGUUACAUUUUGUAGGUCAGCGGAGGUUAAUGUUAUUUUUGUGUUUACCUUAGAUGAAUAAAGCACUUUUGCUAACAUGUAGGUGUGUGUACUUUUGAAAGAAAGGGCUGUUAAUUACAUAUUUCUCACACUCAUUUUAUCAAGUCCAUGUAUCUGUUGACAAUAGAUGAGUUUUAGGCUAGCCAUUCAUCAGACAGAGCACAGUUUUAAAAACUGUGAAAUCUAGUUUUGUCAGCAUUAGCAUUUAUCAGCACUUAUGCUUAGUGAGGGAUUUUGUUGAGUGAAAGAAAAUGUGAACAUUUGAACAUUUAUGUACGGGCUUAUGGGAUUUAAUAAUGUUUGAGCACCCAAAAGUUAUAUUCUAUGUCUCAACUUAUCUCCUCAGAGGGAGAGCUGCUUUGCCUUUUUCCUUGAGCAAUGCAACAGCAGAUCUGCAAAGUCUGGAUUUAAAAAAGGAAAUUAUUAAAGUUCCCCUCUGCUCAAGAAUGUA